AUGGCACACGACAACAGAUACCCGCCAUAUCGCUCGUCAGGCUACGACGACCGCAUGUAUGACGACCGAUACUCAAGAUCUCGCUCUGUUGAGCGCGGACAAUACCCUCUACAUGACCAUACACGAGAUGCCCCUCGAGGACCCGCGGGCCAUAGAAGACCCGAGUACCCGGAAGAUCGAGAUCGAGAUUAUAGAGGAAGCCGCGACGACUUCCGCCGCUCGUCUCCGCAUCGAAGCGGUGGUGGCGGCCGACAAGCCGGCUAUAGAGACCGCGAUCGCGAAGGGUACCGUUCACCAGAAUACGAUGACACCCGCAGCAGAAGUCCCAGUCGCAGUCGGAGUCGUGGUCGUAACCGGGACCGUGAUCGCGAACGCCAUCGUGGACAUGUCCAAGAAAGCCGAGAAGUCAUUAUGGAAGGAUUGCCGGUGGAUAUGGUUGAGGAAGACAUCUCGAAUGAAUUGGUUGAAUAUUAUCAUGUGCAAGGAUUGGAAGACGUCCGAGUUAUUCGUGACAGGCAGACCAAAAUAUCGCGGCAGAUUGGCUUCCUUCGUUUCUAUAGUUUGAACGACUCCAGAGCAUUCAUCGAACAGAACGCGCCGACUUUAUAUCUCUAUGGACGGAAUACGGGCAACGACGAACGCGGUGCCAAAGUUCGCAUAUCUUAUACUCGAGAAAGAGACGACCGUCGCGGUAAACCGGAGGGCGAGUGGACAUGCAGAAACUGUUCGUUUGAAAACUUUGCUACUCGUCAAAAAUGCUUCCGCUGUCAGGCCGAUCGUGCUGAAGCGGAAAUGGCUCCAGAAGAGUUACCUGCUCGUGUAGGUAAUAUCGGUGACAACGAUGUAGCUGCGGAUAACACGCCUUCUCAGUUCCUACUAUUUAGAGGACUGGACAGCUCGGUCACGGAAGAAGUCUUCUCUAAAGGCGUACAAAAACUAUAUAAGCCCGUCUCUGAUGAGAAUCAAAACACAGAAACUGGGCCAAAGAAGUCCAAAGUCGCUUCUACUACAGGCGAUUCGAAUCUUGGGGCCAGAGAAGGUUCCUUGCGGCGGGUGUUGCUUGUUCGUGAUCGACGUAGCAACGAGAGCUGGAAAUUCGGAUUUGCAGAGUUUGCUACUCUUGAGGAUGCACAAGCAGCUUUGGUGAAGUUGAAUUCUUUUGAAAAGUUUACCAUCGCCUCGAGACCAGUCUUGGCGAGUUAUAUCCAUGCCGGUGUUUUCGUUCCAGUCAUCAACCCUACCCCUAGCGCAGUGAGGUUUACAUUUAGUCCGUUGAAUAACGCGGCGAUGAAACUCGCAUACUGGGAUGAGGAUGGCUAUGUCACGGAACUGGUAGUUUCAACGGAGGAUCUCGAUAAAAAGUCAAAAUCAGAAUCAAAAUCUACGAAAGAUGGUGACAAAGCGAAGAAACGAAAAGCAGAGGCGUCUAGUUCUGCUGGCGUCAAGAAAAUGGCUGUUCCUUCACAUCUCCAAUUCUGGUCCAACCGGCAUGCAGAACUCCACGGUAUCAAGAAGGACGAAGAAGGACAUGAUGAACCGGGCAAAGAAUUGGAAAGCGUUUCACCAGUAGCGCCUCCUAGUCGAUCUUAUGCGGACUUGAACCGUAACUGCUGCUACUUGUGUAUGCGCCAGUUCAAGUCCUCGGCUGAAGUCAACCGCCACGAACGACUGAGCCAGCUACAUCGUGACAAUCUCAACAAUGAAGAAAUGGUCACAAAAGCACUGGCAAAGCUUGAAAAACAUAAAAACGAUCAACCUACUACCGAAUAUCGGGAUCGAGCUAAAGAGCGCCGUCAAGCAUUCGGAAGCUCCCGACAGACUCAAGCCAAACCCAAACCCGCCGCACCUACGACGCAAGACAUUGAAGAGCCAGCAACUGCGCCAGCUCCAUCCAAAGGAGCAGCUCUUUUGAGUAAAAUGGGCUGGUCUGAAGGGUCUGGUCUGGGCGCACAGGGAACCGGUAUGACGACCCCGAUUGCGACAGAUGUAUAUGCUCAGGGUGUCGGACUUGGUGCACAAGGUAGUAAACUCGGCGAGGCGACUGAAGAAGCUGCCCGGAAUACGCGCGGUCGGUACGAUGAAUUUUUGGAAAAAACGAAAGAUCUGGCUAGAGAGAGAUAUGACCGGAUGUCUUGA